CGCUUCCUGGAGCUUUACUUUCACGCAUCACUUUUUUUUGCUUUGCGUGACAACAUUCACCGGUGACAAACAUCAGCAUCAGGAUUUAGUUGCAGAUUUUGUGCCCGUUUACGGUAUGGCUGACGGGGAACGAUCACCUUUACUAUUGGACGGUCGCGAUGGAAUGACGGGACUGUCACUGGGAGACGAGCCCUACCGACCGAUCAGCAAACCGCAGAAUUUCGCAGUGUUCCCGUCGGCUCCUCCAAUGCUGGGAGAAGCUCCUCCACCGUACUCCCCGCUGGGCUCUCCGGAGAGCAGCAGCGCUCCUGUCAUCAGCUGCAGAGUCUGUCAGUCGCUUAUUAGCGUGGAGGGCAAAAUCCACCAGCAUGUGGUCAAAUGUGGCGUCUGCAAUGAGGCUACACCUAUAAAGAACGCUCCAGCGGGAAAGAAGUAUGUGAGGUGUCCGUGUAACUGCCUGCUCAUCUGCAAAGUCACCUCACAGAGGAUCGCCUGUCCUCGGCCUUACUGUAAGCGAGUUAUCAAUUUAGGUCCAGUUAAUCCUGGUGCAGGGAGUCCAAAUCCUCAGCCUACUGGAGCCAGAGUUUCCUGUGGCCACUGUGCAAAGACCUUCUUGUGGACAGAGUUUACAGAUCGGACAUUGGCUCGCUGUCCACACUGCAGAAAAGUUUCAUCGAUAGGCCAGAGGUACCCUCGAAAACGGAGUUUGAUAUGUUUCCUGUUGUGUUUGAUCUUCGUCAUAACAACAGCGGGAUUGAUUGCUGGUACAUGGUUGAAAGCACAGAAAUAUAAGGGCAUUUACGCAUCCUGGGUAUUUUUCAUUGUCCUGGUGCUGGUUACUUUAGUCAGAGCUUUACACUGGGCCUGCAUGAAAAUCAGUGAACCGCUACACAACUACUCAUAGGAGAGAUUCAUCCACGGAGAGCAACAGACAAGAAAAUGGAGAACAUGUUCAUAGUUUGAUGCUCUGCCUAAAUGGGUGAAAACCUGUGAGGAAAGAGUCAGUAAUAUUUCACCUCAAAAUCAAUGCAAUACAUAGGUUUGAUAAUGUUUAAUGGCCCAAAACCUUUAUUAAUUAUACAAAAACAAAAAUAAAUAAUAAUAAUAAUAAUAAUAAUAAUAAUAAUACUUAAUAUUCCCUUUGUUUUAGGGGUGAAUUAGAUGGGUGCUCAUUUCUUCCUUAGAAUAAAAGGUUAAUAAACGUAAUAAACUUUUUA